UGCCGAUGGGCCUACAACUCCUGCUGUACUGCUGCUGCUGCUGAUAAUUGUAUCUCUGACUUUGAGCAUUAUUACUACUGUUGCCGUUGCUGUUGCUGUUGCCGCUGUUGUUAUUCGAGCGUCUUCUCUGAAAUUUCACGCGAUGAUGAUGAUUCGACGACGACGACGACGACGAGGAGGAGAUGGAGGAAGGAUUGCGAUGACGAUGUGUCCCAUCGGCCAUGUGUGUGGUCAAUUUUCGUUAUCGUUUUUUCGCGCGUUUAAUUUCGAUCAUGAGGAGAGGUAGAGAUGGUGGUUGGUUGGUGGAUGUAGUUGUUGCGAGGGGCUCACCUUGACCGGUGGAAAAGCGGCUAACUGAUCGCUGCUGAUCGUCGUCGCGUGCCUCACUCUGGCCGACGUGCGCAUAAUUUUUCGCUCGCAACAAUUUUUUUUCUUUUGUGGGUUAAUCGUGUUAAUUAAUCGGUUCGUCGAUGUAUUUUAUUUUAUUUUAUUUUAUUUUUUUGUCAACGGAGCAAACACACGCAGCGACCGACGUCGAUCAUCGGAGGGUUAUAAAAGAUUUUUGCAGCUAGUCAAAAAAUCGAUCGAACGUUGUUUGUGUGCGGAUGCGUAUAUAUAGGGCCACCGGUGCGAAGUCGAGCGCAGUUUCAAAUUUACCGCGCGCCCCGCUGCGCCGUUGGCUGCGUGUCUGUCUGGCGUCUGCUUCUGCUGACUGGCGCGCGCGCGCGCCGCAACGCAUGGCUUAACCUCCAAUCCUUCUCGUACCCUCACGUGUGUUCCCCGGCGUGCUGCUGCUACUCGUGUAGUUCAGUGUUUAAAUUUUUACCGUUUGUCAGUUAAUAAUAAUACACAAAAAUGCCGAAGUCGAAGAGAGAUAAGAAAAUUUCCCUCACCAAAACCAGCAAGAAGGGUGUCGAGCUGAAGAAGCACAUCCUCGAGGAUGUCAGGGCUUGCGCAGAGAAGUACAAAACCAUCGUUCUGUUCUCAACCGAGAACAUGAGAAACAACAAAUUGAAGGAUCUGCGUGGAGAGUGGAAGGGCAGCAGGUUCUUCUUUGGCAAGAACAAGAUUGUGGCCAUUGCCUUUGGCAAGACACCAGAAUCAGAGUGCGUCGAUGGCAUUUCCAAGAUGUCAUCCAAGAUCACUGGUCAACGAGGUCUAUUAUUUACAAACGAGUCCAAGGAAAAGGUUCUGGAGUGGAUGGAUGAGUACGCCGAGAUCGAGUACGCUCGCUCUGGAUUCGUUGCUACAGAGACCGUAGUACUUCCAGAAGGACCCUUGGAGAUGUUUAUACACAGUAUGGAACCACAGCUGAGAUUGCUGGGUAUGCCCACUGCUCUCAAAAAAGGUGUCGUUACUCUUCUUCAAGAUUACACUGUUUGCAAAGAAGGACAAGUGUUGAAUCCCGAACAAGCUAGGAUAUUGAAACUUAUUGGCAAACCAUUGGCUACUUUCAAAUUGUCUCCAAUCGGUGUGUUCACAAAAGAAAAUGGAUACGAGCAAGUUGCUAAAGAAAGCAAAGAAAGCAACGAGAGCAAAGAAAAUGUUGAGAUGGACGAAUAAUUUUUAUUCUCUUUUAUUAAAUAGUGACUUAAUUUUAUAAAAAUUAAGAUACGUGUACAUAUUGUAUAGUUCAUAAGUUAAUAGAUGUCAUUUUCUAAUGAAAAA